UCAUAUGUGACUCUCACAUGAAACUGAUUUACUGUGAAUUUUGCAGUUUCAAUAAUUCAUUAAGUAACAUCAAAAUGGUAUAUAAUGCAAACUAUUGAAAAAACAUGAUCAAAUUACCAUUCAAAUAUCACGUCUGUUCAUAUAAUGUAAGAGAAUUCAUAUUUUUCAGUUUGAAGCUUUUUGCUCUUUUUCUCCUUCUGCUGUGAGUUCAUGUAAUUUAUCUGUAAAAGACUGAACACAUGAGCUGCUCCUCAUUAAGCUAAUACUGCAGUACUGAUAGUCACACUGUCAAGUCAAACUGAGAAAGAUAUAAAUUAAUUACAAAUUUAAUAUAAACAAAUAAAUAAAUAACAUGGAAAAAUAUAAAUAAUAAAUAAAGAGCUAUAGUAGUCUCAGCCAAUCGGAGCAAGGGGCAGAAAAGAGGAACUGAAAAAAAAAUCCAGUGCUGUGAGGAGCGCGGCUGGCGAGCUCUGCGGAAAUUCCUGGCUGAACGCAAUAAAGAAAAGUGCACAGAUGUCCAACAUCAUCGAAUCCCGGAGUGGAAGCCGGUUUUUCACCUUUCUUGCUGGCAUAUUUGAUACUUUCAAUAAAAAAGAAGAGUGAAAUCCAGUCAAGGCUCCAUCGAUGAUGUUUCCCUCCCUUUCAAGCGGGGAUAUUGUGCACAUAAACAAAUAAGCUUGACAGUGAAAAACCGGGAAACCAGUAGCAGCUGGAAACCUGUGACACUUAAAGAGACAAGAGACACUGUUUGAAGAAUUAUAAAUUUCUUCCCAACAUUAACUGAAAUCAAAAUGGCCGAGCAAGCGACCGGGAAGUCACUCGAGCAGCUGAAAGCAGAAAGGACAGUGGAGAAAAGAGCAUUCACACGACUAAUUAACACCAUAACCAGAGCUUAUCAAGAGAUGACGGAAGAUGAUCUUCACGACAGUUUAAGUAAACUCACUAAGCAAGCAGAGAAAGUCAUGGAAGCGAAUGAUGAUCUUGAAACGGGCAUCGUCGCAGAAUUAGAGGCGGAGCUGGACGCAGACAAGUCAGCUGUGUUAACAGAACAGCAAAAAGGCGACCUUGAAAAGACUGCGAGUGAGUGUGACUUAAAACUGAAAGAAAUUAAAGGUCUUCUUCAAGAAACUCUCUGGGCCAAGUAUGGAGAUCUUGAAUUGUCCACAGCGCUGCAGGUUGCUGAAGCUGAAAGUGAACGUGUCGCAGCAGUAGUUCCAGAUGGAAAUCACGAAGCAUACGACUUCAUGCUCAGUCACCUUCAAAAUUUAGUAAAGACUGCAAAAGACCUGUACAGCCGGUGGCAGCGGUGCAUCCCAUCAGGUGAUCAAAAUAACUUCCGCCAAGGCCUGAGAAGUCUCGAACUCAACGUUACCAGAUUAGUUUCGAGAAAAGCUGAUUUCAUUCGUGCGAGACGAGAGGAAGAGGCAGAGAAGAUAACACCUCCACCGACAAUCUCUAGCUACCCUGUGGCAACAAUUAAGUUAAAGCCCACGUCCCUCCCAAAGUUUACAGGUAACAAACGUGACUUUCACAGAUGGAAAAGAGACUGGGAAGCACUUCAAAAGCAGGGUGAGCCUACUGGUUCCAAGGAGGUUAAGAAGAUUCAGGUGCUUGACAGUCUCGAAGAGAGGAUUGUAAGAGAUCUUCGCCUCACCGCUCAUAAUACAGCAGAUGAUAUUUUCCGUGUCUUGGAAAAUCGCUACGGAAAUGUGACAGCUAUUGCUAUUGAAAUAGUGGAGGAUUUGCAAAAAAUACCUGCUAUAAGAAGUCACCACCCACGGAAAAUAGUCGAAUUAAUCCAAGCAGUAGAAAAAGCACUUGGAGAUUUGAGUGACCUUGGAAACACUGGCGCUAUUAAAAAUCCUUUAGUGACAAAGUCAAUUGAAGGGAAACUACCUGAGUCUCUCAAGAAAGAAUGGCUUGUUCAUGUCUCUGACCAGCAAAGCUCCAUCACACCAGACAACCGGUUUGAUAAUCUGUUAGCAUUCCUCAAAAAGCAAGAGAGCAUUUACGAGCAGCUCGAACAGCUAAGGGAUGAGGAAUCAAACAGAAGGGAGUCAAGAACCGAGCCAAGGUGGGCAAGAACAAAGUCCACAAAAUCAAGCAACGACCAAUCAGGGUGUGUAGUCUGUGGUGACGUUAGACAUAAAAGGAAGCUCUACUUCUGCAGACAGUUCCGAUCACUGAAGCUAGCAGACAAAAAGGCUGCAGUAAGAAAACUGGGAGCUUGUAAAAGGUGUCUCGAAAUCCACGAGGACCAUUCAUUCUGCAAACCCACCUAUCUAUGCAAAAACCAAGCCUGUGAAGACGAGAGUGUUCCUGAGCAUCACUACUAUUUAUGCCCAAGUGCUGAAAGAAAGGAAAGCAGUGCUAUCCAGAAAAAGAGCAAGUUUCAUACUGAAGGAGGCAAAGGCAGAAAAGACUACACAAAAGAUCAAGAAGACUUCCUCAGUAAACUUCCACCAGAAUUAGCACAGCAAUGCCGAAGUGUGUUCUCAAACACUGCAGCAAGAGCGUUUAAUGUGACGAAAGAACAGCCAAGUUUACUAGCAGAAUGUGGGUUGCUAGAACUGCCAGUAAUCAUGAUGCUUCUCAAUGUGACCGCUAAUGCGGGACAGAAAAUUGGAACAUUAAUUGACUUAGCAUCAGACACUAAUUAUAUAACACACAGUGCUGCAAAUCGUCUGAACCUGAGAGGUGAAAGAAUCACUCUUGUCAUCCAUGGAGUCGGAGGGAUGAAAGUUUGUGUAAAGACCAAGCGGUAUCUUCUAAAAAUCAGAGUAAGAACUCUCCAGGGCACUCUCAGGUCACAUCAGUUGGCUUGCUAUGGAUUAGAAAGCAUCGCCGAGAUUCACAAAACAGUGCUGGCUGAGCAAUUGCAAAAUUUCUUUCCAGAUGUUCCCCUUGUCGAACUUGAGAGGCCUAAAGUAGUCGAGCUGCUUAUAAGCCAUCGAGAAGGCCAGCUAGCCCCACAGAGAGUCAGGGUGGUUGGAGACCUGGUUCUAUGGGACGGUCCCCUGGGAAAGACAGUUGGAGGAACUCACCCCAAGCUUUUCGAAGAGGUUGCUGUAUCAGCUCACAGGUCCAAAACGCACUUCGCAAGGUCGAUGAGAAUGGCAGCUGUGAAGUAUGAGGAAGUAACAGAGUACUGUCCACCAAACAAGCCAUUAGCCAGAUUUCAUGAAUCAAGCACACCAACCAGCACCCGAGACUUUCUGGAGUGGUGGAAGUGGGAUUCCAUUGGUGCAGCAUGUGAGCCUAAAUGUGGUGGCUGUCGCUGUGGAAAUUGCCAACCUGGUGGGAAGGAAAUGACUCUUGCUGAGGAGAGGGAACUCGAAAUAGUAAGAGAAGGCCUCUCUUAUGUCAUAGAAGACAACCACAGCAAAGAACCACACUGGCACGCAAAGUAUCCUUGGAUGGAGGACCUAGCUUCCUUGCCAGACAACAGGAGUGCAGUUGAGGCUACGUUCUUGAGGAUGGAAAAACAGCUAGCCAAAGAACCUGAAUGGAAGGCUGCUUACAGCGCUCAGGUGCAGGACAUGCUUGACACAGGGGCUGCAGUAAAGUUAUCCAAAGACGCAAUUGCUAAUUGGAUUGGGCCUGUAUGGUAUGUAAGCCAUCUUAUUGCUCCUAACCCUCACUCAGUCACAACACCAGUGAGGCUUGUUUGGAACAGCAGCCAAAGAUUCAGAGGUGUCAGCAUGAACGAUUUGUUAGUGAAAGGUCCAGACUUUCUUAACCAGAUACGUGCUGUCCUGCUGAGGUUCAGGAGUGGAGUGUACGCGGCAUUAGGGGACAUCAAGAAGAUGUACAAUUCAGUUUGGUUAGAGGACAGAGAAAUGCAUCUACACCGAUUCCUUUGGCGAAACUCUGAAGACAAGGAGCUGGAGGAAUAUGCAGUCACACGAGUCAACAUUGGAGACAAACCAGCAGGGUGCAUCGCGCAGCUAGCAAUGCGUGAAACUGCUAAUUUGCCAUCCUUUGCUCACCUUGAGGAAGAGCGCAGAGUGCUCCAUCAAGACAGCUAUGUUGACGACAUUCUCACGUCCCACAACGACUUUCACCAGCUGAGGUCCAUCACUGCAAAUGUGGAGCUGAUCUUAAAGGCAGGAGGGUUUCUUCUUAAGCCAUGGGUAUUCUCAGGUCAAAGUGGGAGGGGUGACCCAGAAAAUGAGCCCUCUGUAAUCAAGGAAAAGAUCAUGGUUCUACCAAACCAAAUGCACGAGGACGACAAUAAAGCACUUGGCCUGGGUUAUGACGUGGAAGAUGACAAGCUCCAUGUGAUGACAUCAAUCAAUUUCUCAAAGAGAAAAAAGAAAAUGAGACUAGGUCAAAAUCUCUCACAAGAGCAAGUCAGAACCCAGACACCGAAUCCACUGACACGUAGGGAGUUGUUGAGUCAGAUAUCAGGGGUGUAUGAUCCGGUAGGCCUAGUGACUCCCGCCAAACAGAAGGGGGCAAUUCUAGUCCGCAGAGCUUUCCAAGAGGCAAAAGAUGGAAAGGUUCCAGUCAGUGAAAGUUGGGAUACUGCCCUCUCGGACGGUCUAAGAGAAGACGCGGUUAAGCUCUUUGAGGAAUACGUCCAGCUUGGCCAGAUCAAAUUCCCUAGGGCUUUAACUCCUCCAAAUUCCAAUGGUGAACCCUGCGCGAUAACCUUUUCAGAUGGGAGCGAAAAUGCUUAUGGUGCGGUAAUGUACCUAAGAUGGAACUCUGAUCAGGGAUCAGUGAUCAAACUUGUGGAGUCCAAAGCCAAACUGACACCAUUAGACCACAAAGGAGACGCUGUCAAAGCAGAGAUGUGCGGAGCAGUGUUCGCUUCGUGGCUGCGGAAGUACUUUGAGCAGCAUUGCCAAAUUCGAGUUGGAAAAUGGUACCACUUGGUUGAUAGCCAAACAGUCCUUGGCGCUAUACAGCGAGAAAGCUAUGGCUACAAAACAUUCUUCGCUAACAGGAUUGGAGAAAUCCAAGGAAUUACGAAGGCGCAGGAAUGGUGGUGGAUACCAGGUCCACAGAACAUUGCAGAUAUGAUCACUAGGGGGGCUAAUCCUCAAAAUCUUGAUGAAAAUUCAGAGUGGCAGAAUGGGCCGAAGUUCUUGAGCUUACCAGUAGAUGAAUGGCCAGUCAAGUCAGGAAAGGAUUUGGCAGCUUCUGCCCGAGAAAGCAUCAGUAAGCUUCAAAAGAAGGCAUUUGCAGCUGCACUGGCAAGGUCUAAAGCGAAAACGCAGGAACCAGUUGAAUUAUCAAGGCAAAAUGAGGAUCUUAUCCAAGUCCAAAUAUAUCCCAGAAGACCACCUGCAGGAUUAGCUGUCCAAAACUUAUUCAUUGUGGAAAGAUUCAGUGAUCUAUCCAGACACAUAGUUAAAACAGUAGCUUGGGUUUGGAGAGCAGUGAAGAAGUUCCUUGGCAGGGAUCGGACCCUAAACAACCCAAAGUGGGAGGCAGUCUCUUCAACAGGAACCAUAUCAGUGAGGGAAAGAGAAGACGCCCUACGAGACAUUUUCCUUGCUGCGCAAGAAGGUAUAACCUUCCCCAACACCACCAAAGACAGGCUGGUAGCCUAUAAGAAUCCAGACUCUGGGCUAUUGGUUUGUGGCGGAAGAGUGCAGGUUUUUAAAGAAGAUCAAGUUAGUGUUCCAAUCCUUCCCUACAACGCAUGGGUGUCUACACUGCUAGCCCGAGAAUCUCACAGAGAAAGCCACGGGGGUUUGGCUGAAACUUUACUUAGGAUGAGGAGGAAGGCUUGGGUCAUCAGGGGUAGACGAAUAGCCCAAAAGGUUGUUGACAGCUGUGUUCAGUGUCGGAAGACCAAAGCAAAGAAAUGCCAACAAGUGAUGGGUGAUUUACCACCAGAGAGGUCGCAGCCAGCUGUACCCUUCGAAUUUACAACAGUGGAUCUCUUUGGACCCUACCUGGUGAGAGAUGAUGUUAAGAAAAGAGCUUCUAUGAAGGUCUGGGGAGUUGUCUUUUGCUGUAUGUCAAGCAGAGCAAUCCAUGCAGAGCUGGUAAACACCCAAUCAACUGAAAGUUUCUUAAUGGCCUUCCAAAGAUUUGCUGCAGUUAGGGGCUAUCCUAAGAAGAUCUAUUCAGAUCCAGGAACCAAUUUCAUUGGGGCAAGACCAGUUCUACAGGAGCUUUACAAAUUCUUGGAGGGCAUCGACAAGUCCGCUCUAGGAGAAAUGGCCGCACAAAAUGGAACAGAGUGGAUGUGGAAGAUCCAUCCAGCCAAUUCUCCACACAGAAAUGGAGCUGGAGAAGCUGCAGUACGCAUUCUAAAAAGGGCACUCCAAAACUGUGGAGUCGAGUCUACUCUCACUUACAGUGAAUUCCAAACAGUCCUUCAAAUGGCAGCCAAUCUCGCAAACGAACGGCCCAUCGAUGCCAGAGCACAAGCCCAGGAAGACUGCAUCCAGUAUGUAACUCCAAAUGCACUACUGCUGGGGCGAGCAUCUCAAAGCGGUGAUGUCAAAACAUUUGACUUUUCCAGUUACCCAUUCAAACGCCUCCAAACAAUGCAGUCGAUGGUGGAUAAAUUCUGGAGACACUGGAGCCAGCUUGCAGGUCCUAAUUUAUUCUUAAGGACAAAGUGGCAUACCAUGCAUAGGAACGUUGCAAUUGGAGACAUUGUCUGGAUAGCGGAUCAAAAUGCACUCAGAGGCCAGUUCAAACUUGGCAGAGUAAUCAGUGUCAAUCAAGACAGCAAGGGUGCCGUAAGAGACGUCAAUGUCCGAACCUUCCCAAGUUACCCUGUUCCUAUCACAAAGCCCUCAAAAGCAACAACUAAGAACCAUCCAGUGUCAAAAAGAUGCAAAGAGAAGAUCCCAAGUACCGUUCUUCACAGAGACAUCAGAAGACUGGUGGUCCUUCUUCCAAUUGAAGAGCAAAUGAACAAGUAAUUUAGUAAAACAAUCUAACUUGUCUACAAUUAGUAGUGCCAAACAGUUUGCCUUCUAAGCAUUGCGAUUUCCACUUGUAUCCAAGGAAAAUCGAGUGGGAGGUGUCAAGUCAAACUGAGAAAGAUAUAAAUUAAUUACAAAUUUAAUAUAAACAAAUAAAUAAAUAACAUGGAAAAAUAUAAAUAAUAAAUAAAGAACUAUAGUAGUCUCAGCCAAUCGGAGCAAGGGGCAGAAAAGAGGAACUGAAAAAAAAAAUCCAGUGCUGUGAGGAGCGCGGCUGGCGAGCUCUGCGGAAAUUCCUGGCUGAACGCAAUAAAGAAAAGUGCACAGAUGUCCAACAUCAUCGAAUCCCGGAGUGGAAGCCGGUUUUUCACCUUUCUUGCUGGCAUAUUUGAUACUUUCAAUAAAAAAGAAGAGUGAAAUCCAGUCAAGGCUCCAUCGAUGAUGUUUCCCUCCCUUUCAAGCGGGGAUAUUGUGCACAUAAACAAAUAAGCUUGACACACACUGAAAAACAUCUAUUACAUAUGUAACCCUCAUUCCCUGAAGGAGGGAAUGGAAACGUACAUCGGAACUGACCAACGAAUUGGGAUAUCUAGAGGCCGAUCUGUUUCGAGUGUAACUAAAACGAGCUCAUGCACAUUGGUAUGUGAUUAUUGCAUUCAGCUGCUUUGCCUCGCAGCGUGGGUAUAAAUGAGCAGCAAGUUCAAGCGCAUAUCAGCUUUUAGCUGAGGAGCUGAGCCAAGGUGGCGACCCGGCACCCCAGCAGAGGUACAGCAGCUGUUACAUAUGUAACAAAGACGUUCCCUUUUGGUCAGACAGAGCUUAUGCAGAGAAAUGAACACUGCCCACUCACUGAACUUUGAUAACACUGGGAAAGCGUAAUCUUUCCAUAGAAAAAGGAACGCUGUGGAACCCACAUCCUGCAGAAGGUUUAGUGGAGUAUGCAUAUACGGACUAACCCAGUAGUGCUGUACUUCAUAUCGAAGUCUCUGAGUGGCUCUUACCUGGUUUGGGAGGAUGCAACACAUGGGAGAGAUGGCAGAGCGUACUCUGCCAAGGUAAAAAACACGGGCUUCUGCUUAGGAGCUUUACCAUGGAAAUUACACAUAUGGGAUCCCCCUUAGGGUCGCACAAAUGGACACCCAGCCUAGAACUGGUACUUGUGGAUACAUCAGAUGUAGGCCUGGUGCCAGACGCUCCGCCACGUCCAGCUGCCGAAGGGUGCUCACAGGACUCAACAGGGUCUGCCUCGUAGGGACUCUCUGGAGAAUUGAGUGCAUGUAUUAGCACAGCAAGCUGACACUAAGCUGGGGCCUCUCGGUGUCUCUGAUUGGUUGAGGUGAGAACACGGGAGGAGACCGGCUUGACACAAAGGCUAUAGAAUCUAGCGAACAUGUUAGGUGUUGCCCAGCUCGCAGCUCUACAAAUAUCUGUCAGCGAGGCGCCAUGUGCCGGCACCCAGGAGGACUCAACACUUCUAGUAGAGUGAGCUCGCAGCCUGAGCGGGCAGGGCAUGCCUUGUGCUUGGUAAGCCAAGGCGAAGACCCCUUCUGCUGACCUCCAUAACAAAGAGCUGGUCUGAGGUUCUAAAGCUUUGCAUUCGGUCCACAUACAUUCGUAAUGCUCGGACAGGACAGAGCAAAGCUACGGCUGGGUCUGCCUCCUCUGCGGGCAGUGCUUGCAGGUUCACUACCUGGUCUUUAAAAGGAGUGGUAGGAACCUUGGGCACAAAGCCAGGCUGGGGUCUCAGUACCACAUGGGCAUCGCCCUGCCCGAACUCUAGGCGUGAUUUCGUUGACCGAAAAUGCCUGCAGGUCCCCUACCCUCUUAAUUGAGGCCAAUGCAACUAGAAACAAAGUCUUCAUGGUUAAAAUCUCCAGAUCAACUGAUUGCAAAGGCUCAAAGGGGACAAUCUUUGAGAAAGCAGAUCCUUCUUCAGAGAAAUCGGCCAAGUAGGGGCUGUUGCAAGGAGCAUCAGUUCUGGGAACCAGGUCCAGUUGGGCCAAUGGGGCGCAACUAGCAGGACCUACUCCUCAUCCUCCCUGACCUUACACAGUGUCUCACUGGGGGAAACGCAUAUUUGCAUAUGCCCUGGGGCCAGCUGUGUGCCAGUACAUCCGUGCCGAGUGUCCCCCGGUCAGAGAAUAAAACAACAGGCAGUGAGUGAUUUCUUGAGAGGCAUACAGGUCUGGACCGUCUCCAUUCUCCUGGGAGUGCAGCUAAUGAUAGCUCGUCGGCCACAUGGUUGAGCGUGCCAGGAAUGUGAAUGGAACAAAGCGACCUCAGAUGCUUCUGACUCCAGAGGAGGAGAUGGUCGGCAAGUUGCAACAUUGAUGGUUGAUGUACGCAACGGCCACAGUGUUGUCCAUCUGGACCAGUACAUCUUUGCUCUGUAGGCGCAUUUUUAGAUGGCUCAGUGCAAGAUGUACUGUUAGCAACUCUAGGCAAUUGAUAUGCCAAUGCAGAUGGGGUCCCGUCCAAACCCCUGUGACUGCAUGCCUGUUGUAAGUGGCACCCCAGCUGGUGGCAGAGGCAUCUGUGAAUACCACUAUGUGCCUGGACAUUUGUUCCAGGGGUACUCCUCCCCAUAGAAAUGAAGGGUUUGACUACUGGCUGAAGGUUAUGGUGACAAGUCGGUGUGAUUUUUACUGCUGCGUUUGCCAUGCCCAUUUCGGGAUUCAGCCGUGAAGCCAGUGCUGAAUUGGUCUCAUAUGAAGUAAACCGAGCGGUGUUACUGCCACUGUGGCUGCCAACUGGCUGAGGUGACUGAGCACCAAGUCUCUGUGUUCGCAUAACUGAUCUUGAGACUGUGCUAGUAUGAGCCAGUCACUUUCUCUCAGGGGAAGAAGGGCCGCCUCCGUGACUUUCAUUAAGACACGGGGAGAUGGGGCCAGCCCGAAGGGCAGGACUUUGUACUGAUAUGCCCAACCCUCGAAUGCAAAGCGCAUGAAUGACCUGUGUCGAGGGAGAAUCGAGACAUAAAAGUAAAUGUCCUUCAGGUCAAUGUGGGUGCAUGAGAAGGCUUGGUUGCAUCCUCAAGCCGCCAACUGCUGCCUGUUAGCGACAGAGGAGGAUUAGAGUGGUCCGGUUCUGCAAUGUCCACUGUUUUCUGUGCCCUGUUGGGACCCAGAGAAGAAGGAAACUGCUCUUUUUUUGACAAUGUGGGUACUGCUGGCUCUGGGGUCAGCGUCAGAACAAAAAGAAAAGCAAACUGUGGAUUCUCCACCUGGUCCUCCUUCGGGAGGAGAAACCAAUUGUCCAACCAAGAGGGUUCGGGAUGCAGUGGAGGGUUCCACUCAUGCCCGACGCUCUCAGUAGCCCGGAAAAGCAGAGCCAUCAUCUCUGGGUCUGACUUGGUCUAUGCUACCACACCCAAAGUUGGGUAGCACAGUCAAAUCAUCAUCUCCAGAAAGAGUGGGUGCAGACCUCAAAGGUGGCCCAAGCCGUUCCUCAGGCAGCUCUACUGGCUGUGGAGCAGAGGAGAGAGGGGGUCUAGGGGGUUGGUUACCCAAAAGGAUCAGCCCUCACUAUAACCAACAUUUAACACUCUUUAAACACACUAAAUCUCAGCACAGUCAGGAUUAAGAGUCCAUUAAUUUUAAUUGUAGAAAACUAGAUAAUGUAGAGAUUUAUUUUUAGUUUUAAAAUCUUCAUUGUAUCAAUAUCACAGAUUAUGACAUGGCGAAACACUAAAUUACAUAGAUGACAUGUCUGUCAUAAUUAUUCAUGAGAUUGUGUGUUCUUAUCCUAUGAGAAGACAUUUCUCUUUAUUAUUCAUGACAACAUGGUGCUUUCCUAUGCCAGACGCUUCAAACUGUAAGAUCACGUAGUAGAUAAGAGAGGCAUUCGUGGGUCACAAUUGUUUGUGUCCAUGGUGUAAGAGUUCGAGGGUGUUGCAUGGCUUUCCCUGCGAUGCUGUCAGGGUGAGACACUGGCUGCAGGCGGUUGGUUUGCCAUCAACUACUGACAUAAUCAAAUUGUUUGAUGCAAGCAUUUUUCUGAGAGCUAGGAGAAUCUUCUGUUUCACUAUUCAUCUUUAUUGUCAGUGCCCUGAAGGUGUGUAGAUUUGUGCAAUUGGUUUUUAUUACGUGUUUCAGAAAUUUAUUAUCAAAUAUAUGCAUUUAUAAUGUAUGUUAACAUUUAUGUUUAUACUUUUAAAGGGAAAACCAGAUGGUAUUCAAUGUAUUUCACAUGAAAUUAACUUUGUCAGCCAUAAAAUUUCUAGUUUCCCCCUUAUAUAUAGUGAGAGCCGGCAUGGGCCACUGACAAAUGACAGUUGCUCAUCCCUCUUUCUCUCCUGUCUUGCCCUGCCCCACUCGCUCUUUCCUUUCUUCUCACAGCUCUCCACACACAUUUAAGAUGAUUGUGAGGUAGACUUGAUCUGAAAGACGGGGGUUUAAUGACUCUUUAAUGUUUAUUACAUUAACCUCUCCUGUUACAAUUUUUUCUAGAUUUUUGUGUGAUAUACAGUUUUAAUUUAUGUCAGAUUGCAUAUAAUCUUUCUCACAUAGACAAUCUCUUAGAAUAACAGUAAAACUCACUGACAUAUCUAAUUAAUUGUUUAAAAAAGAGAUAUUGCAAUUACAAAUUACAAACAUGCAAUUAAAUAAAAUAUUUGUCCUGCUUGAGUUUGACUGCAGGUGUGUUAUGAUAAUGUUUUGUGCUUUGUGAUGCAGACCAAGAUCAUCUAACAUGGUGAUUUGAGCUCACGUUAUUGGUUUCUCUUUGAUAAUGAAGUCUCUGUUGAUCUGAGAGAGUGAAGAGUGUG